UAUUGUUUUGACACCUUCAAGACUCAAAAGUUGAGAAGGCGCCAAGUGCAACCCGCUCGCACGAUGAUGCGGACAGUAGCAAAAAGUUGAGUCUUUUCGCUUCCUCGUUUCCGCACUGACAAUCAAGGAGUCUCCGUAUUGAUAGUUUAAAAAUGUAACCAGGUCAGGAUAAUUCAACGAACAUAAAAAUGCGACUAGCUUUUAAAACACUUUGACAACCUCAAAAGACGUCGAGCAAACUAGCUAGAAAGUCAGGACUCCUAUGUCAAACACUUCAACCACGUUUUCCAAAACUGUUUGAACCCGAAGACCAAACCCACGACCUCCGAAGGAACAGCAAUGAAGUUAGCAUCUUAUGGCAAGGCAACCCAAUCAGCGCUGUCAAUACCUUCGACACUGUGCCCUAUGCAACAAAGAGAGGGACUCAAAAUUCUGAAACAAUCCAGAGAAUCGCCAGAGAAGCCAAUCAACUCCUGCAAUGAAAUCUACGAGGCUGUGGUCUCAAUCCCACAUUUCAUAAGUACCAGAAUAGCCAAGCACUGAUGAUUCCCUUGGGGGAUGAAAAAGUAAAACAACCAAAACGUUACCACAGAGUCGUGUGAGUCAAAGCCUGUGUUUUAGUGAUUUGCAGUUAGUUUGUGAGUAAGCUUACUGUGCUCAGGUCAGUCAGUCACUUUUUGCUAAAUUGCAUGAGGUGAAAGCUAACCCUUCUGUAGAGGAACGGUCUUGCACCAACAAGUGCGAAGACAGACCACCUUCGCCAUCAAAGGGAAACCUUCAAAAACAAAUCACCAGCCUACCGUAUAUGCAGCUACAGCCAUACGGUACCAUGCAGCCCUAACUUUUCCUUUGAACCUUCCGUCCCCCAUUGAUGGCCUUUUUGCUUGCUUGUGCCAUAAUCCAAUGCUCAGAGCUAUGCAUAUAGACAGACCAUGACGUGUACAUCAACAGCUUAGCCGGAAUAACACAAACAAAAGAACUUCUCUGCGCCCUCGCUUCUCACAGAACAAUCCUCUCCGUACGAUGCGAGGUCGACAGCUGCCUCUCAGACACCAUUCUUCCAUUCAUCGGCAUUUGGACGAUGAUACUGCAGCAGCAGACGCAUCAAAUCAAAACAACCAGCAGAUUCAAGGCGCCAACGCGAAGACACAAAAAGCCAUUGUAACCUGCCAAUGCCAAAUCCACAAUAUUCUCGCGUGGAUUGAUCAUUCAGAACAAAAAAACAAAUAUUGUAACUCAAACACCAAACACCAUGUUUCGGUUGCAAAUGACACUUCUUGUGGUUUCGUUUCUCCUGUAUCAAUCGACGUGCGAUGGGUUCUCAGAACACUUCACCACCAGAAGCAAGUCUGGCGCUGGAGUGAGGGCUUCCAGUCAUCGUCGUUGGCGUGACAGUUUUCCUUCGACCCGUCAGUGGAUGUCUUCACAAGCUGCCAAUGGCGAAGCUGCUUUGCAAGGGAACUUUCUUGGUUACCAGGACAAUACUGUCAAGCCAUCCGUGUCUUCAACAGCAGCACUGACUGUGGAAAAACAGCAACAAAAACAAAUAAUACAGGACUACAAUGUACCCUCGGUCCGAAAGGUUCUGGCAUUUGCCAUUCCCGCUGUGGGUGUAUGGCUGUGUGUUCCCCUGCUUUCUACCAUCGAUACGGCCACCGUUGGCUUGAUUGCAGGGACGGCUCAGCAGGCAGCCCUCAAUCCAGCUAUUGCUGUGAUGAACUACUCGGCCAAGCUCAUGACGUUUCUGUUCUCAGGAACCACAACCAUGAUUGCGGCUGCACAGGAAAGGGACCGUUCUAUCCAAAAAGAUUGUGUUGACAACGACAAUCCACGCCAACAAACAGUUCAUUGUUUGAUUGGAGCCUUGCAGUUGUCGACGUUGGUGGGGGCAGGACUAGGUGCCCUGGUCUUUGUCUUGGCUCGACCCUUGCUCUUUGCGCUCAUGGGAUCCGCAUCCACCGACCCCACCAUCUUGGCGGCGGCCACGAGCUAUGUGAGAAUCCGUGCACCGGGAAUGGCCGCUGCUGCAAUGGUGGGGUCCGCUCAGACAGCCUGUCUAGCUCAGGGUGACGUUCGCAUGCCUCUCUAUGCCACGGCCAUUACGGCCAUCAUAAACUUGGUGCUGGAUCUGGUACUCAUUCCAACUGUUGGAGGAGCUGCUGGCGCUGCAUGGGCCACUACGUUGUCACAGUUCUUGUCAGCUGCAUGGGUUAUGCAGUGGUUGAUCAAAACUAAAAGGACACGUGCAAGUGCAACAGCAACAUCAAAAGUGGAACAGGACAACAACUUGAAACAAUCUACAUCCACAAAGUCGACCAGGGGGUUCCUGGCGGGACGCAUGAGGUUUCGCGAUUUGCUAAGAAUGCCGUCUCGAGAUGUAUCCAAGGGUUUUGCACCCUUUGUCAUUCCCGUCAUUACCACUCAAGCGGGACGAUGCUCAGCAGUGGCUACUAUAGAUCACGUGGUAUCGAGCAGCCUCAGUACGGCCAGCAUGGCAGCCAACCAGAUUCUCACGUGUGUGUACUACGGUCUAGUCCCCGUGGCAGAAGGGCUGAGCCUCGCAGCCCAGAACUUUGUACCUGGCAUUACCGAACGAGAUGGUUCCCCGCGCGAAAAGUCAAUUGCCAUGAGACUGUUGUUGAAGAGUUUUCUAAAAUCGGCGGGAUUAUGUGGGAUUAUGCUGGCUACCAUCAUGGGUACAUUACCGCUGUAUUCGGGUGCUUUCACGACAGACGCUGUCGUCCGUGGAAUCGUGUCCUCGGUGGUUCCGCUGUUUUUUAUCACAUGCUUGAAGCACGGCGUGUUUUGUGCAUCGGAAGGAAUCUUACUGGGACAAAAAGAUUUGCGUUUUUUGGGCGCUCAGUAUGCAGUGUACACGUUUGCCAUACCCUACUUGCUGCUUCAAUUGAAAAAGGCCGCCUUGGCUGGGUCCAGCGUUGGUCUGUUUGAUGUGUGGCGUCUCUUUUUGAUGUACGAUUUGUUCCGGACGGCAGUCAUGGCUUUGAGGAUUUUCAGACUGGAACGAAAGCGUGCUUCUGCUGGGAUGGUGUAGCAGCUAUAACUAGUUAGCAUCUAUGAUGUGUUGU